UGCCGGCUCCGCUGAAUUCACGGCUUGUUGUGUUCGGACUACAUUUCCCAAAAGGCCGUGCCGUUUUAGCCUUGUUCUUAACAACAAUGAGUUCGCCUACAGAAACCCAUGCCCGGGCUGAAUGACGCGUGCUAGUACUCUCCAGCAUAUGGGGCAAGGGACACGAGCUGUUUCUUAUUGACGUUAAACGUGUCGUUUCUAAUGUAUCGAUAAAUAAACACCAAGGACGCUGAUAGUGUGUGAGUGUGUAUGAGUAGCGUCGUCCCCAUCACGUGACCUUAUCAUUGGCAUUUCUUGAAGGCGUCAGAGCGAGAGAUGCUAGCGCUAGUGAUGAAGACAUCCCGAUAGAGAAGAAUGCUGCCACUAGUUCAUGGGGAUAUGCUAAGCUGUCGCACGGCACACAGAGACCAUGCCCCCCACACAGGGUAGCCCCCUGGCAGACCACUACUGCCGCAAAUACACAGGCUAGCGGCGGGCACUGGAAAGCAAGGGCAAACAGCUGGUGCAGCUGCACAGUAAGCAGUCAAGCGCAGAGCUCAGCACGCACUUUACGUACGCACAGGCAUUUACUGUACUUACACACACACAAGCACUAACUGUACCUACACAACAGCCCGAGGGGAGCGGCGCAAAGCAACGGCCAGUUUUACACAAAGGAAGGAGACUUCUGCUGCUGCUGCUGCGACCCCCUGACUGAGGAGGAAACAGUCGGGCCGGACAGAAGGAGGCUCUGUCAUUAGCACUGGCGGAGAAGGCAAGUUGUGCAGCUUCUGAGGCGCAUACACAGCCCUGCUCACCGCCAACAUGUGGAUCCCUACAGAGCACGAGAAAUUCGGCGUAGUGGUGGCCAGCUUUCGAGCAACCGUUCCACAUGGCUUGACGUUAGAGAUUGGUGACACUGUUCAAAUCCUUGAAAAAUGUGAAGGCUGGUAUAGAGGAUUUGCAGUAAAGAACCUAAAUAUCAAGGGAAUUUUUCCAUCACGUUAUGUUCACCUAAAAAAUGCAUAUAUAAAAAACAAAGGGCAGUUUGAAAUGGUCAUUCCUACUGAAGAUGCUGUUAUUACAGAGAUGACCUCAACACUGAGAGAUUGGGGCACAAUGUGGAAGCAGCUUUAUGUGAAAAAUGAAGGUGAUCUAUUUCAUCGUCUGGGGCACAUUAUGAAUGAGAUAUUAGAUCUGCGCAGACAAGUACUUUUGGGACAUCUGACUCAUGAUCGAAUGAAGGACGUGAAGCGCCACAUCACAGCUCGUCUGGACUGGGGAAAUGAACAAUUAGGACUAGAUUUGGUUCCAAGGAAGGAGUUUGCAAUGGUCGAUCCAGAGGAAAUCAGCAUAACAGAACUAUACAGAUUGAUGGAACAUAGACAUCGGAAAAAAGACACUCCAGUACCAGCAAGCAGUCAUCACCUCUUUGUACAGAUGAAGAGUUUAAUGUGUUCUAACUUGGGAGAAGAGCUCGAAGUAAUUUUCUCAUUGUAUGACAGCAAAGAAAGCAGGCCAAUCAGCGAAAGGUUCUUUGUGAGACUGAAUAAAAAUGGAUUGCCAAAAUUUCCUGAGAAGUCUGAGCGAUACAGUUCUCUUUUUAUUGACCUAAGCUCAAGUGACCUUCGAAAAGACAUUUUCAUCACUGUACACAUAAUCAGAAUAGGUCGAAUGGGAGCAGGUGAAAAGAAGAACUCUUCAAACAUACAGUAUCGACGACCUUUUGGGUGUGCUGCUCUCAGCAUUGCCGAUCUUCUAACAGGAGAGUCGAAGGAUGAUCUUAUACUAAAAGUGUAUAUGUGCAACACUGAAAGUGACUGGUAUCAAAUACAUGAAAAUAUUAUUAAAAAAUUGAAUGCUCGAUAUAAUUUGACAGGCUCCAAUACAGGUCUGGCAGUUUCCCUACAGCUGUUGCAUGGAGACAUUGAACAAAUUAGAAGAGAUUAUUCCUCAUGGUUUACCCGUGGGGUCUCCUUAACAAGAAAGCUUGGCUUCUCAGAUGUUAUUAUGCCUGGUGAAAUGCGAAAUGACCUGUAUAUCACCAUAGAAAAAGGAGAGUUUGAAAAAGGAGGCAAAACUGUGGCAAGAAAUGUACAAGUUUCAAUGGUUAUUUUGAACAUUGAAGGGCAACUAUUAAAGGAUUAUAUAUCUUUUGGUUCCGGGGAACCACCAGCUAACGAGUUUCACUCCUUUGUGUUGUAUCACAAUAACAGUCCCAGGUGGGCAGAACUAAUAAAGCUUCCUAUACCUGUGGAUAAAUUUAGAGGAGCACAUAUCCGAUUUGAUUUUCGCCAUUGUUCUACUAAAGAGAAGGGUGAAAAAAAGUUGUUUGGCUUUUCUUUUGUACCUUUGAUGCAAGAAGAUGGUCGAACCUUCCCAGAUGGAACCCAUGAACUCAUAGUUCAUAAGUGUGAAGAGAACGCAGUUUUCCAGGAUCCUUGCCGCUACCUCAAACUUCCCUUUUUGAAAGGAAAUCAACCUGGAAACAAUAAUCAGGCUGUUAAAUACACAAAAGAAUCAUUCUGGAUAACCUCAUUCCUUUGCUCCAGUAAACUAACUCAAAAUGGUGACAUGCUUGAUCUUUUAAAGUGGCGAAUGCACCCAGAAAAUAUCCCUCAUUGCCUAUCCAAGUUAAAAGAGAUUGAUGGCUCAGAAAUUGUAAAGUUUCUUCAAGACACACUGGAUACAUUGUUUGGCAUUUUGAAUGAAAAUUCUCAUAAAUAUGGAUCUAAGGUGUUCGAUAGUUUGGUACAUAUAAUUAAUUUGCUGCAGGACAACAAAUUCCAACAUUUUAAGCCAGUAAUGGAUACAUACAUUGAAGCACAUUUUUCUGGAGCUCUAGCUUACAGAGACCUUAUAAAAGUUCUGAAGUGGUAUGUUGAUAGAAUUAUUGAGGCUGAACGACAUGAGCAUAUCCAGGAUGUUCUCAAGGCCCAAGAGUAUAUUUUUAAAUACAUAGUUCAGUCACGGAAGUUGUUUUCCCUUACCACUGGAGGACAGAAUGAGGAUGAAUUUCGGUGUUGUAUUCAAGAGCUACUUAUGUCAAUCCGUUUUUUUCUGUCCCAGGACAGCAAAGGAGCAAGUGCAUUAUCACAGUCACAGGCUGUGUUUCUGAAUUCCUUUCCAACUGUGUACUCUGAGCUGCUGAAGCUCUUUGAUGUUCGAGAAGUAGCAAACUUGGUGCGUGAUACGCUGGGCAGUCUGCCAACAAUGUUGCAUGCAGAUGACUCCCUUCAAGAUGUGAAACUUCAGUGCAUCGCAAAGACAGUUGAAAGCGAGCUCUACAGCAAUCCUGAGUCCCGUUUCAUUUUACUGCCUGUAGUGAUGCACCACCUCCACAUGCACUUACAGGAGCAGAAAGAUCUUGGAAUGUGCGCUCGUAUCCUUAGCAACAUGUUUCAUCUUAGCAAAAAAAGCAACUCAGAGAAAACAGCCAUGAAGGAGAUAGAUGUUAUUGUGAACAGCCUGCUGGAUAUCCUUUUGAGAACAAUAUUAGAAAUUACAAGCAGACCUCAGUCAUCAGGCUCUGCAAUGCGUUUACAGUUUCAAGAUGUUACAGGUGAAUUUGUGGCCUCUCUAUUGUCUCUGUUGCGACAAAUGACUGAUAGACACUACCAGCAACUUCUAGAGAGUUUUAGCUCAAAGGAUGAACUACGGGACUUUUUACUGCAGAUUUUUACUGUCUUUCGAAUACUAAUAAGGCCUGAGAUGUUUCCUAAAGAUUGGACAGUGAUGCGCUUUGUGGCUAACAAUGUCAUCAUUACAACUGUUCUGUAUCUGUCAGAUGCACUUCGGAAGAACUUUUUAAAUGACUGCUUUGAUUAUAAGAUUUGGGAUUCUUACUUUUACCUUGCAGUGAUUUUUAUCAACCAGUCUUGUUUGCAAUUGGAAAUAUUUACGCCUUCCAAAAUGAAAAAAGUCCUAGAAAAAUAUGGUGACAUGCGUGUAACAAUGGGAUGUGAGAUUUUCAGCAUGUGGCAGAAUUUAGGCGAGCACAAGUUACAUUUUAUCCCAGCUUUGAUAGGCCCCUUUUUGGAGGUCACCCUUAUACCUCAGCCAGAUCUGCGGAAUGUAAUGAUACCGAUAUUUCAUGACAUGAUGGACUGGGAACAGAGACGCAGUGGCAACUUUAAGCAGGUUGAAGCAAAGCUAAUUGACAAAUUGGAUAGCCUAAUGUCUGAAGGAAAAGGUGACGAAACAUACCGAGAGCUCUUCAACAGCAUAAUUCCACUCUUUGGUCCAUAUCCUAGCCUAUUAAAAAAAAUUGAGCGGGAAACAUGGAGAGAAAGUGGCGUGUCAUUGAUUGCCACUGUAACAAGACUUAUGGAAAGACUUCUGGACUACAGAGACUGUAUGAAAAUGGGGGAGGUUGAUGGAAAAAAGAUUGGCUGCACUGUCAGCUUGCUCAAUUUUUACAAGACAGAACUGAAUAAAGAAGAGAUGUAUAUACGCUAUAUACACAAAUUAUAUGAUCUCCACAUGAAAGCACAAAAUUUCACAGAGGGUGCAUACACUCUUUUGUUAUAUGAUGAAUUAUUGGAAUGGUCAGAUCGCCCACUAAGAGAAUUUAUCAGCUACCCAAUGCAGACAGAGUGGCAACGCAAGGAAUACCUACACAUGACUAUUAUACAGAACUUUGACAGGGGAAAAUGUUGGGAGAAUGGAAUAAUACUCUGCAGGAAGCUGGCUGAGCAAUAUGAAAGCUACUAUGACUAUAAAAAUCUCAGCAAAAUUAGGAUGAUGGAAGCUUCUCUAUAUGAUAAAAUUAUGGAUCAGCAGCGCUUGGAGCCUGAGUUUUUCAGGGUUGGUUUUUAUGGCAAAAAAUUUCCAUUUUUCUUGCGAAAUAAGGAGUUUGUUUGCAGAGGACACGACUAUGAAAGGCUUGAGGCUUUCCAGCAGCGAAUGCUAACUGAAUUUCCCCAUGCCAUUGCAAUGCAACAUGCCAACCAGCCUGAUGAAACCAUAUUUCAGGCAGAAGCUCAGUAUUUGCAGAUUUAUGCUGUAACACCAAUACCAGAAACCCAAGAAGUUCUGCAGAGAGACGGUAUCCCGGAUAAUAUCAAAAGUUUCUACAAAGUGAAUCACAUAUGGAGAUUUCGAUAUGACAGACCUUUUCACAAAGGGACCAAGGACAAAGAAAAUGAAUUCAAGAGUCUUUGGGUAGAAAGAACUACGUUGACCUUGGUACAAAGUUUGCCUGGAAUUUCUCGCUGGUUUGAAGUUGAAAAACGUGAAGUGGUUGAAAUGAGUCCACUUGAAAAUGCUAUUGAGGUCCUAGAAAAUAAGAACCAGCAGCUGAGGAUGCUGAUUAGUCAGUGUCAGUCACGACAGAUGCAGAACAUCAACCCACUUACAAUGUGUCUGAAUGGAGUUAUAGAUGCUGCAGUUAAUGGGGGUGUUUCCAGGUAUCAGGAGGCAUUCUUUGUAAAAGAGUAUAUUUUCAACCAUCCGGAGGAUGGAGAUAAAAUCACACGCCUAAGAGAGCUCAUGCUUGAGCAGGCCCAGAUAUUGGAGUUUGGCUUAGCAGUGCAUGAAAAAUUUGUGCCUCAGGAUAUGAGACCUCUACAUAAGAAGAUGGUGGAUCAGUUCUUUGUAAUGAAGUCAAGUUUGGGAAUACAGGAUUUUUCCACAUGCGUGCCACCAAGUCCUGUUAAUUUUCUCAAUGGAAGCCCUCAUAUCCCUAGAAAUUCAGCACCUGCUAUCAUGGGUCCAGAUGUUGCAAGAGUGGUACCUAGACGGAGUCCAUUAAGCUAUCCAGCUGUUAACAGAUACUCCUCCUCUUCACUAUCUUCCCAAACGUCGGCAGAAGUUAGUAAUCUUACAGGGCAGUCAGAAAGUUCAGAUGAAGUGUUUCACAUGCAGCCAAGUCCAUCUACUUCAAGUCUGAGUUCCACACAUUCCGCUUCACCUAAUGUGACAAGUUCAGCCCCAUCAAGUGCCAGAGCUUCCCCGCUGUUAUCCGACAAACACAAGCAUUCCCGAGAAACUUCCUGCCUGUCCCCCAGAGAGAGACCAUGCAGUGCCAUAUUUCCCAUCCCUGCUGAACCCCCACAGAGAGUUUUGUUUAACCACAUCGGAGAAACAACUUUGCCUCGUAGUGACCCAAAUCUAUCUGCCCCUGAUAAAGCUGUGAACACAACUCCUAGCAGCUGGAGCUUGGACAGUGGAAAAGAAGCCAAGAACAUGUCAGAAAAUGGAAGGUUUAUUAUGCCUCCUGUGCCACCCAGGCCUACACAAUCUGCUUCUCCUGCCAGGAAUAUAGCAGCAGUCUCUCCUUCUCCCAUGGGAAGAUCUCAAAUGAAGGGCUCAGUGCAGUCUUUCACACCAUCUCCUGUAGAUUGCCAUCCAUCAAUGUCUAACUCUCCUGUCUUGUCGGGAAGCUGCAGCAGUGGAAUUUCUUCACUAAGUCGUUGCAGUGUUUCAGAAAUGUCUGGUUUUGAGAGCCAGAUAUUCGAUCAAAGCAGUUACUGUAUCUCCGAGGAGCCAACGAGGAAGGAAAACAAAACGCCACCCCCAUAUAGUGUUUAUGAACGGACUUUACGACGCCCUGUACCUAUACCUCAAUGCCUCUCUAUUCCUGCCCCUAUUGACCCUCCAGCUUUGCCACCCAAACCUGGCCCAGUGCGGCCCACCAGUCUGGAAAAUGGCAAAAGGACUGAGCCACUACCACGGCCUAGACCUUUCCCACGGAAAGUCUCCCAGCUGUAAAGAAUGUGUGUUUUAUGUUUGUGUCUGAAACAAACAAUAUAAUUAUAGCAAGUAACAAAUGAACCCUUAGGGGUUAUGAUUAAACACUGCAGAAGGGGUAUAUACACUUAAUGAAAGUGUGGGCACUUUAAUUGUUUACAAUAUUGUUCCCUAAUUACUGAAGUGAACUUUUUAUUCGUAUUGUUUUGCACAUUGUUUUAGAUAUUAUUCAGGAUUAACUUGACAUGAGGCACUUUUAAAGACUUAAAGGGCCAGAAACACCAAGCAGUCAAAGGGUUUUGUGUUGUUGGAUAGUUACAUAGUUAAAUCGGGCAAUAAAAGACAAAGUCCAUCAAGUUCAACCCCUCCAAAUGAAAACCCAGAUAUACUGUUACCCUGUACUGGAAAAAAGUUGUUGCUUUAGAUGCUGUAGUAUAGUUUAUAUAAAUGAGCUGUUUUAUUCAAAUAACCUGUUUGGCAUACAAUGUUUUUUUUUAGUAUUUAGAUGGGUCACAUGACAUUUUACACUCAUAGGAUGAAAUAAGAUUGUUGAUGCCAAUAAAUAUUUUAUUUGCAUUUUAAUUGCUGGACAAACUAAUAUAACAUUUAUUUGCAGGCGCUGGACAAACAGAUUUAACCUUUAUGAGCAGGUGCUGGAUAAACAGAUAUAACAGAUGUAAAUAAAAAAAUGCAUUCAUGGUGUUUCUGGUCCUUUAAAGAGAAACAGAAGCACAUAAAAUCAGCUAUCAUGUAUGGUUAUGGUUUCUGGACUGCCAAUCCAAUAUUCUGUAGCACAGAUAGGCAGCCUUGAGCACUCCAGUGUAAGCAAGAAGCUCGUCUAUCUCUGUUCUAUUGAUUUUUGUGUUGUUUUACUUUUUUAUAUGUGUAAAAUGUUUAAUUUACAAAAUCAGAUUAUAUGUUUUAAUUUUAAAGUUCUUGAUAAGUUUUAUUUAUUUUUUUUGAAUCAUGAAUUGCAUGUGAGAAGCUCUAACUAAUUUAAACCAAUAAUUCCAAAUGUUGCACAUGUAAUAAUCAUAUGCAAUUCCACUAAAAUAAUGUAUUGCCCCUUUAUUUUCCUAUACAGAGGAGGCAUUUUUAAAUAUAUAAUAUAUUGUAAAUAAAUGUCUGCUGGACCAUGAUCAUUUUAGCAGACAUGUUUUGAGUAUUUAAUAUUUGCAGACACAUUUUAAUGGUGUUUAUCAGUAACUUUUCUCUUCGCAGUUGCAUGCAAUAAACUUUGGUAGAUCAGAAGAGGGUUAGAAAGUGAGAGCUUGGGAAAAGUACUGACAAGGAGUUGCACUCCCUACGUGAACAUUUCAGAAGUAUCAGAAAAUCACCCACAUUUGAAGAUUGAUGUUUUAUUGCUUUGGUGAUUUACAAAGAUUUUGUACUGAAUUUGUAUCCUUAAAAGAAGUGAUGUUGUGAUCAUGGGGCUGAUUUAGUUUUGCCAAUUUUGAAAACAAAGUGAAAGCGACUUUUUAACUAGAAACAGAACAAAAUAACCCUAAACGAGAGUUAGGAUACCAUACUAGUUAAUGGAUGCAAAAGAAAGGUGUUCCGACUCAUAUCAUUUUAGUUGUGUUUUGCAGCCGUUAUUUGCUGAGGAAUAUCUCUUGAUGUACCUAUCUGCAUCUGUCUAUUGUGUACAGGAAAUGCAAUUAAUAUAUGAUCGGAUAUUGUUUUAAAAUGAAAAGCUACAAUGAUCAUUUUGAAUUAUUGUGAAUACUGAAAUCACACAGAUACAAUAAAAAUACACCACCACUAUUUGAAAGCCACAUAAGGAGCUCUAAAGCUGAUCCGUUGUUGAAAGUGCCUUGUGUUUACUAAUUAUUGCAGCCCCAUCAACGUUGUAAUUGCAUAGUUACCAAUUUUAUGGUAUCCAAGGAUGUUGAACUCCUAGCCGAAUCCUUUGUACACGUGUUAUGCAACCCGCCAAGCAAUUUAUGUAUUGAUAUACAGCAUUUUAUGUACCUAUUUAAAAAAAUCUUGACUGAAGCACCUGAACAUUCCCAUAGUCUUGAUGAUUUGAGGACAAUGAUAUACUGUGAAGAAUGGGCAAUUUCUGUGCUGUGGCCAAACAGACCUGUCUUAAAGGAAAAAGAAAAGUGUAUUUUCUUUUCACAACCAUUUGAUGAAUGAAAUAUGGUGCUCAGUAUGUCACAUUGAUUGUGGAUGUCAAAUAUUGUACAUGGUUAGUGCGUAGGAAGAGAUCAGAAGCAGUCACUAACUAUACACAGUUUCCAUGGAGAACAGCUCUGAUGGUCAUGUACAGCAUAUCUCACAUGAUAUUCAGUAUAUGUAGGUCUGCUUUCAUGAUUACAACUAAAGGCAAAAUGAGCAUCUUCUUUUGUGAUACCUAAACAAAUACUCAGCCUUGGCAUUUGUAAGAGCCCCAAAUUAUAUGUUGUAGUUUAUUUAUGAGCAUGUAAUUCUAUGCAUCUGUAUUUAGUGCAGCCUUUAGUGCUAAUGGGGAAAAAAACACGGCUACAAUGUAGUUGGCUUCAGUCAGAGUCCAUAUUUGCUUUUAGCAAAGUGCUAAACGUGUCGUUGCAAAUCAUCUUGUCUCUAUGUAUACAGAUCACAUUGCUCAGAGGCCCUUCCAACACACAGCAAAUGAAAAAGCAACAGCUUUGUUUGUACAGAGGUGAAAUUUCCUAGUCGUUCCAUUCCACACAGCUAUUCCUGCAUACGGCAAAUGAUCAGAUUUCUGUGUGACGGUAUAUGUGAGCUAUCAGAUCUGACAGACUACUAACACAAAGAAAGGAACAUGCUCACUUCUGAAAUAAAAAACAGCCGCUUCCUUGGAUCAGUUUGCUACUGUAUGUACCAUAAAUCGGGCAAGCAUCAUAUAAUAAGGAACACAAAUACUGACCAUUUAAUAAAACACACAGGAGUUGUGUUUAGGGUUGCCAUCUGGCUAGUAUUUUACUGGCCUGGCUGGUACAAAUGAUUCUUGAUGCCAAUGUUACUAUUUUUUUUUAGAAGAAAGACUUAUUUUCCAUUUGCAGUACAGUUUUUAUGAGACCUCUUUGGAAGUAAAAAUGAAGGGCUUGUAUUGCCUCUUAAAAAAAAAUAAAAAAAAAUAUAUAUAUAUAUAUAUAUAUAUAUAUAUAUAUAUAUAUAUAUAUAUAUUGCCUCUAAAUAUGUUUUCUAAAUAUGAUUUAUUUCUGCAUUAAAAAGGGAAAAUAUGCAUCCAUUUACUACAAGAGCUUGAGUUGAGUUAUGUUUAUAUCUAAUUUAUCUGCCAAAAAUAUAUAACGUUAUAAUUUCUUUUAUACAGACAAGCUGAUUCUUCAGACUGAGGUCAGCAACACAAUAUACUAUAACAGAACCGUAGGAAGUGUCAAGGAGAUGUGGCUCCUCUUCAUAUCCUCAUCCACCAAUGUACAAUGAGCAGCCAACAUGGCGCAUCAGCAAAUUUGCAAUCAUUUUUUAACCUGCCCAUACACUCCAAUAUUAUUAAUACUUGUAUAGCCAGCUUUAGGAUGGCAUCAUCUUGUAACCCCUCUCUCACCUUGUUCCAUAUUGAACUGAUGAAUUCUGGGACUUCAUGUCUCUCUGGCUGCCAGAGAAUCUGUGUGCUGUUUGACAUGAAUAACGAAGGAUUUCAAGUUCCCCUAUCCAUCACUUCAUUGUGGAACAGAAUAGUGCCGAAGCCUGAUUAGUGGAGCAGAAAUACAAUUUUGAACAAAGCAUCUCCCAGAAAACUCUACGCUAACUAAAGUAAUUUUGUAGAGUUCCACAAUCUACAGUAUAUAUAUGUUAUCAUUAAAGUGCAAUACAACCACCUUAAAUAUUGAUGUACACAAAAUGUACAAUACCAAUAAUAGAAUCACUAAAGCUUCUGCACCGGUUUUCAUUUUGCCACUGCAGUAAUGUCCAUAAAUGUAAUGUAGUGCCUUUACUUUUUUUUAACUCUGGCUAGAAUCUUAUUCUCCUGGGAAAAUGUGCAUCCUAUUUAUCAUAAAAGUCCAUGCUCAGCCGUACCGACAUGCAUCUUGUAUAUAGUGCAGCUCCUACACACAUAGAUAUAAAAACCCACCUCACUUAAUUGUAUUAUUUAUACCUCCCUGUUGUUUGAAGGAAUUAAUGAAAUAGAAAUUGUCCCUUUUUUGCCGGGAAUUUACUUUUUGUAAAUUGCAUAUUCUGCUUUUACAGACCGUUUGAUUGACAAAGAAUAACCACUUUUUAUAUUUUUGCCCAAGAGAACUGUAAGCAGGUGUUUGCUGCUAAGUGGUUAUUGCCGUUUUCUACAGUAAAUGUUUGAGUAUUUUUGUACAUAACUGGUUAAUUUUAAUAAAAUAUUCCAUUCUCUAAAAAAAAAAAAAGCAUAUGCAGUAAGAUUGUGAUAAUUAUGCCAAAUAAUUUAUGUAUUGAAAAUGAUUUGUACAUAUGUGCUUUUUAAACAAUAAUUCAGCCAUAUUGACUUUACAAUUUUGAAUGUCAGAAGAGAAUAUAUGGUAAAGAAAUAUUUAUGUUUGGUAAAUAAAAAUAAUAUUCAGAUUUAAGAAGAAGAAUAACUUUAGCUUUGUAUCUGGCAAUUUUGUAGUUUCAAUUUUAAUGAACUGUUUGUGGCUUUGGGAUACUGUAUAACAUAUUGUAUUUGUAACAUACUUUUCUCAGCUGUAGUAAGCAACAAAACUAUAUGGCUGUGUAUGAAUGCAUUUACAUGUACUGCUGUUCUGUAGCACUGCCUCCUGUUUCAGAUUUAGCAUUACAAAAUUUUAAUCCACUAAUGUUACAGUCUAGCUUAGAUGACUUGUACAGUGGCUGAUCAAGGCAUUAAAUUGUGUGUUUUCUAACAGUUAUGAUUUUCCUAUUAUUCUUAGCUUUGGCAGCCUGUUCUCUUAUUGGCGCCCAGCAGCCAGUAGAACGGUUUUAUGUAGUGUAUGCGUUUAUUACUUGACUCAUUUUCUGCAGCUGAACUACUAUGAUAACAUUCAGACAACAUGUUCAUAUUAGUUGCUGCCGCAAUGCAACAAACUGAAAUAAAGUUCAUUCAUUACUA